GCAGUAUCCGGUGGAGGCGAGUCAUUGGCGGACAGGAAAUAAGCAGCGGCUCCGCCCCUUUCCCUUCCUUUCCUUCCCGUGGCUGAGCGGAGAGAGGUGCAAAAAUGUCUGCUAGUUUGCAAUGGAUGAUCGUCAGGAACUGCUCUAGUUUCCUAAUCAAAAGAAACAAGCAGGUGUAUAGCACUGAACCCAACAACCUGAAGGCCAGGAACUCCUUUCGCUACAAUGGUCUCAUCCACAGGAAAACCGUCGGCGUCGAGCCUGCUGCUGAUGGGAAGGGGAUCAUUGUCGUUCUGAAAAAGCGUGCUGGCCAGCGCAAACCUGCUACAUCCUAUGAGAAAAUCACCAUCAACAAGAACUCCCGCGCCACCCUAAGCAGCUUGCGCCACAUUAUUCGCAAGAAUAAUUACAGGAGGGACCUCCGUAUGGCGGCUCUUCGCCGUGCCAGUGCUAUCCUGAGGAGCCAGAAACCAGUUGUGGUGAAGAAGAAGCGCACCCGGGCCGCCAAAACUGCAUAAACUUCUGCAGAUUUCUGUAAUAAAAGAAUUGAACAUAAA